ACUGUGUUGGUUUUACUUAUGUUUUGUUGUUUAGGUGGCAUUGAAAGACGUCAUGAAGACCCAUGACAUGGAAUAUCUAACUAUUCCUGGUCAUCCAAACCCCCUCCCAGUGGAGAUCGCCCUUACACUCUUGGCCAACAAGGGACCCAGCGCACCAGAGAUUAUAAAGCUGCUGGACUGGCAGGACCAACGGGACAACUAUGUCAUGGUCCUCGAGUGUCCGUCACCGUGUGAGAACUUAGUCAGUUUCAUGGAGGGCCACGGAGGAAGAAUCGAAGAAGGUUUAGUUCGGCACAUCAUGCGGCAGGCAACGCGGGCGGCUCGCACAUGUUGUCGCCGUGGGGUAUUCCAUGGAGACAUAAAGUUGGAAAACUUCAUUGUGAGCAAGGACACCCUGCAGGUCAAGUUGAUCGACUUUGGGUGUGGGGACCUCAUGAGAAAGUCUGCCUACACGACAUUGUAUGGCACCAUGGAGUACUACCCUCCUGAGUACAGGGUCAAGGGCAAGUACCAUGCGAAGUCUGCAAUGUCGUGGUCUCUUGGGGUCAUCUUGUUCACAAUGCUGUGCGGCCGUUUUCCAACUGACAAUGACCUGCAGAAGACCGAACUAAACCUUUGGUCAGAGCCUGGACUGUCAAAGGACUGCUGCAGUUUGAUCUGUAGUCUGCUCCAGCAUAAAACUAAGCGACGGCUCGGUCUGGGGAAGAUCCUUCAACACGACUGGUUUCAGGUCUCCAUAUAAGUCGUGGUGAAAAGGAGCUUCGACCCCAGACAUUUCCCAGUCUCCUGUCAGCUUUGCAUCUUGACGGCUGGCAGGAAGACUGUUCAUUCCUCUGUGAAUCCUCUGCAUCUUGCGGAGCCGGCAGGCCAUGGGUACAUCUUAUGUUAUGGCCUGAAGCACCAGUACUUGCCAUAUCUGCCGUUACUCUUUGCUUGGGGAUGUGUAUAUAUGUAUAUAGUUUUUUUUUCUCAGA